AUGGAUGUGCCGUGGGAACAUGGAGACACGACUCGUCGGCUGGCUUCGAGCUCCCGAGGAGGGUCACGAGGGGGAUCGAGAGGGAGAUGGCUAUAUCCCACGUCAAACCAUGGAAGGAGUGGAGACGAGUGGAUGGGCAAUGUUAUGAGCACAAACAAGUAUUACUCGCUCAUGGCCAAUGGGGAAUUUGAUGUCGAAGGAUGUGGCGAGAUGGAUGCGGUGGAAAUGGAUAUUCAAACCGUUGGUACACAACCCAAGGACACCCCGUUACAAAUUGAUGCCGGCACGCACACGAGGGAGGAUGACCAUCAGAUCCUACUUACUAAUCCCGACCCGGAUCGAUACUCUAAGGCGCUGGGAUUAAAAUUCAAAGGAUCAAAUAUGUCCGGCAAGAUAUGGGUAUUUGCCGAGGAGGGAGCCAACUUCAUCAUUGAGGAGGAUUUGGACCAAGUCCUACAUGGAAGGCUAACUUCGCACCGCAUGGCGAACUAUAUUUCCAUCUCGGUGGUAUAUGCUAAAUGCAAUAGAUUGGAGCGACAUCCCCUGUGGGAUAAAAUGAGGGAGAUAUCAACCCGGAUGGAAGGAACACCGUGGCUGAUUGGAGGGGACUUUAAUACGAUCCUUGCACACGAAGAUAGGGUUGGUAGUGAAACCAAUCGGCAAGCAGAGAUGAUUGAUUUUGUCGAAGUCAUUGAAGACUGUAGGCUUCUGGACCCGGGGUUGCUUGUCAAUGAGGCAUGGACAAAUGCGUUUGAGGCAACGAGGGUGACUAAUCUCCCAAGGGUAUCCUCGGAUCAUGGUCCAAUACUUGCGAGGUGUACGAUGCCGAGGCCGCCCUCGAGGGGUAGUGCCUUCCGAUUCCAAAAUAUGUGGGUCCGGCACGACGGCUUUUUGCAGCUAGUUCAAGAUAUUUGGGCUCAACCGACAGGGGCAAGUGGGCUCUUAAAUCUCCAAACUAAGCUUGCUAGGAGCAAAAAGGCCCUUAAGGCUUGGAACAAGGAGGUUUUUGGCAACAUUCACGCCAAUCUCCAAGCAAUGGAGGAAGGGAUCGCGCAAGCUCAAGCCAAUUUUGAGGCUGACCCAACGCCGCGGAACAGGACCGAGAUCAAUAAAAACAUUGCCGAGUACAUUCUCCUACUCCGGAUGGAGGAGAACUUCUGGAGGCAAAAAACGGCACUAAGGUGGCUUGCAGAUGGAGAUAAGAAUACCAGAUUCUACCAAAGCUGGGUGAAACAGAAAAGAGUUAGACUCCGAAUUCACUCUAUCAAUGUGGAUGAGCUAGAGGAGUUACACUACCCACCAGACCCUGAGGAGGUGAAGAAAUCGGUUUUUGACAUCUCCGGGGAUAGUGCACGAGGUCCGGACGGCUUCUCGGCCGUCUUCUAUCAAACAUGUUGGGGGAUCAUUGGAACGGAUGUGGUGGAAGCCAUCAAACAAGUUUUUCUUGGGGCAUACCUUCCUCGAAGUGUCACGGCCACUAACAUUGUCCUUUUCCCGAAGAAGGCCUCGCCCGAGACAUGGGCCGACUUUCGGCCCAUAAGCUUAUGCAAUGUCCUUAACAAGGUUAUCACAAAAGUACUAACCGCAAGCCUUGCGCCUUUUUUGCCUCAGGUUAUCUCCCCUAACCAGAGUGGAUUCAUGAAUGGUCGGCUCCUACAUGACAACGUCCUCCUCGCCCAAGAGAUGUUUCAUGAAUUAGCAAGGCGUUCCCCAGCACCGAAUGUGGCCAUCAAGAUCGACAUGGCCAAGGCCUAUGAUAGGGUGCAAUGGAGUUUUCUAAUCAAGGUACUUCGACGCAUGGGCUUUCCGGCUGCUUGGGUUGACCUCAUUGAACGAUGCAUUGGUUUUUGUUGGUUCUCGAUCCUUAUUAAUGGCGCCCCAGCUGGCUUUUUCAAAUCUACUCGGGGGCUCAGACAGGGAGAUCCCAUCUCCCCCGCACUGUUUGUGAUCGCCGCAGAUUACCUUUCCAGGGCCCUUGACAAGCUUAUUCUUGGCAAGAAAGAGAUGACCUUCAAAGCGUCCAGGAGGUGCAUGGAAAUCAGCCAUUUAGCAUACGCCGAUGAUAUCAUUAUUUUCACUCAAGCAGCUGCAAACCCAUUGCGUCGGAUACGCGGAUGA